GUGGUCUUUUUUAUUCGUAGAACGUCGAGCACGUGUCCACUUCUUUACUUUGUUGAACAAAUUAGAAUACUCCAAACAUACAAUAUUUUAAAAAUAAAAUUAUUAACACUCGAGCAAGUGAAUAUUAUUUCAUAGAGUAUAUUCAUUUCGAUAAUAGAAAAUACGCUACAAAAUGACUACGUCUCUUGCGGAACAGUUGAAGAAACUAAGAACUCCACAAACGGAAAUUUUGCUACAAGAUAAGAAACGUGCUAGCUUAUUAUUCGAUCCUAAGGAAGCUGCUAAUUUAGACAGGGAAACAGUUCUAAACAUAGGACAAGAUGGAUUGCGUGAGUUAACUAAAUUAUCAGGCCUCUUUGUAGAAUUUGAAAAAACCCUAUUUGCACAAAGUUCAUUGACUCUAGAGCGUGCUGUACAAGACUUUAAAGUUAACAAAAGGUUGGAUGCGGGAAUUGAGAAGUUUCUUAUUCUCUUAUCUCCUUAUUUCUUAAUCAACGUUGCCCACAAGGCGCUCGAAUGGUUAAUACACAGAUUUCGUAUACACGAAUUUAACAGAGACCAGUUUUUAAUUUUGAUAUUACCCUAUCACGAGACCCGCAUGUUUGUCCGAGCGUUGCAGUUGUUAGAUUUAUCAGACGAAAACGAUAAGUGGCAUUGGUUAAAACCUCUUCAGAAAGCCGGUGUUCCGUUAGCCUCGGUCACGUUGAUUAAUCGUCUCAGUACGGACAACGCGCUUCUGAAAUUGAUUUGCGGCCACGUAGCCCUCGCUACUAGAAUUUACGGGGAUCGUGCUUCUUCUUUAAGUACUUUGUAUGCGUUCUACACUACCUCGGUAUUAGGGAUUAUCGAGCGAUUACCAACUAUUUCCGAAGUACAAAUGGGUUACAUGUUGCCGACCAUAUUAAAAGGCAUGGAGUGCCCCGUGUCUGAUUUCGCAGCCAGCAGUUACAUGAUCUUGGCGAAGCUGAUGUCCAAAGUAAAAUUAAAAGACGAAACUACGGAGAAAUUGCUCCUAAAGAUGUUUAAGAAAACGCAUCUGAAAGAAGAAGCGUUGCUCUUACUAUUCUUCUUGUACAACGCGCCUGUCCAUCGACUCACUACGGUCUCACGAAACCUAGCUACUCGGUUAUCUGAACUGUCCUGGUUCAUCGAGCUCGCAAUCAAUAUUCAAUCGCCUAAUAUGAAUACGUUAAGGUUCAUCGUACCAUUGGUGCAAACUAGUUGUCGCAUCAUUUUAGAAGACCCAACGGGAACGGAGCGAACACAGAGGAUGGUUAAUGAAAUAUUGACGAGAAUGAGAUUGGACGAUUAUGGGGUAGACUUAAUUUUAGCGAACAUGUUAGAGAAGGAAUUCCUUUCGAGCAGUAUGUCGAAAGAAGCGCAAGAUUUCCUGAUAAAGUUAUAUUUUACACUGGAGAAAACAUAUCCAGAGAGAUUCGACGAUUAUUUAAAAAAAUUGAUGAAACGUAGCGAGUCGGACGAGAACGCAAAGUCGGCUCUGCAAUUCGUAACGUCCUGGUAUUCUGGAGCCAGAGACACACAGGACGUCGUCGGUAUUCUCGACAAAUUGAUACAUGUCAGUCCGGAACAGAGGAUCAUUGCAUUGCAAACAUUGGCGAAAAACGAUGUGAAUAUUGCUGAAAGUUUUCAAGAAAUGAUGACAAACACGAUACUGUCCAGAUUCACCGACAGCGAGGUAGACGUGAUCAAUGCCGUACUCUCGAUACCAACGACACGCUUAACGACUCUACUGCCAACAGACGUACUAAUCGAUGAACUGAAGAUACUCUUGUCGACUUGUCAUACCUCUAGUCGAAAGCUGUUGGCCAAACCAGCGUUGAAAAUUCUGCUGGAGCUCUGCGAGGUCGGGGACGAUACUAGCGUUUUCAUCACGUCGCUGCCAUAUCUGUUCCCCAACGACAACGCGGAUGUUGAUAUCGCGAUGGAAGUGUUAAAAUCAAAUUUUGCCAGGAACAAUGCCUACAUGCAAAGCGUGAGAAAUGAUUUAGGGAAAUCACCGAACGCUGGAGCUAUUUCAUCAGCAUCGUUCCAUAAUAUAUUGAAUUGGCAACUGCUGCCUCCAACAGAUAGCAUAUUGAGAGCCAUGAAACAACAGAUUGCGCACGGGGAUGCUGCCUCGAUGUUUUUCAAUCUGAUUUUAUUAGGAUCCGUGUGCAGGGUGCCUGUCGGAUCACUGAAGCCGGAAGUCGGUCGAGAAGUAAUCGAAAUGGCCACAGAAAUGAUCAAGAAGUAUCCUCAAGUAAAGGCGCUGCAGAACUGCAACAACAUCACCGGAGAUAAUAUUCAUUUCGCGAUCGAAUUGACUUCCCAAGGAGUUCUGCCUCUGCAAGUGGGCACCUACGUUUUAGAAAUGGUGCACAGGCGGCUAGACCUGAAGUCGAACCCGACGAUGGACUUCGAGAACAAUGAACACCGCAGUAAUUUGAUUCUGAGACUCCUCGAGAUGUUCUUCGAUGGGAUCGGGAACAAAUACUGGUCCAAACAUUAUUCCCGUUGCCUUCAGAUAUUUUUCCAAAGACAUUUUUCCACAUUGAAAGAUCUCAUUCGCUUCCUUUCUCAAUUGUACUUGAAACCGGUGAAGGUACAAACAUCCUUCCACUGCUUGAAGAUCACUCAGGUAUUAUUGAAACAGUGUAAGUCGAUACAAUGGGCAUUUCAAGAUCAAGUUUUCGUCACGAAUUUGUUGCUCUCGUUAUCUAGAGAAAACAACGAGUGUCGAACAACGGCUUUAAAUGUUCUCCAGGAAAUUAUCGCCGCUGCCGAAUCGACAACGAUAGAUCCUUUCUCAACUUUAUUAAAAGAACUAGCUAACAGAAGUGCAGAAAUAUCUCUGGAUCCUGAUCAGUUGUCGUUGUCCCUUUACGUUUUACUGUCACCCGAUCCGGACGUGAGCGGUCAAUUGGAAUCAAGUCUCCGAAAGAAUCUCCAGAAAGUGCGGCUACAAUUGUUCGAGUUCAUCAUGGAUCCGGAUACCCCGUUACACAUCAAGUCGCAGCUUCUAGAGGUUCUUACUUACGUGAACGGUCCCACGAUACUCGAACAAUUGGCUCCCUUUGGAUUGGAACUCAUACAAACUCUUCUGUGGAUGAAUGCCGGACGUAAGUCUGCGGGAAACGCGUUAAAGAAUCUACUACAGAGAUUCAACAGCGCGACCGUACAGGCUCUCACCUCCCAGCCAGUGUGGCAAUUGUUCGAAACUGGUAUAGAAGAGUACAGAAUUGAAAUAGUAACAGAAAAUGGGGUUCAACACUCGCCGAGCGUCAUUCUCUUGAAGCAAAUAGACAACACUUUCUUCGAGAGCGCUGGGAAGGUGUCCAACGAUCUUCAGAAGAAAAUCCUAUCUAAACUGGUGGACGUGGUCACUAAUUGCGAAAUGGCGAACGUAAUCUCUACAGCCAACAGAGCGAUCAGGAAAAUUCACGUACACGCGCAGCUAAUAGUAGAUGAAUUACUGAUAAUGCAGAAUUUGAAGAAUCAAGUUGAGCCAAGCGACGACAAAAUUAAAAAUAGAAGGCGACUCAGUCAUAUUCGUUCUCUGCCCGAUCCAACGAUCAUUUACAAACGGGAAUGGAAACGCGGUGUGACUCUCUUAGAAUUCGUCCAACGAGCCGACAACAUCGAACACGAGGAAUUGCUCUAUCCGAUUCUGUUUGAUUUACUGAAGACUUGCCUCAGCUUUGAGGAGCAAGGCCCCAUAGGAUACACCAAUCAAUUAUUACUGUCGACGAUUCAUCGAUUGGCAGUGAAGAAACUACCGAUUCGCGACGCGCAUUCGCAAGUGGAUUUGAUCACUCAAUGCAUCAGGACCUCGAGAAACCCGCAGACUCAUCAUCACGCUUUACUGGUCCUCGUGGAGCUGCUGAAGAUCGUCGACGUACGCUGCGCUCUUUACACCAUCAUGCCCAUCUUCACGUUCAUGGGCAGCUCGGUGGUUCGCCAAGACGACGCCUAUUCCAUCCAAAUUAUUUCCAAGACCAUCGAGACCGUGGUUCCCAUAAUAAACGCGGCCGAGAACGAAACUCACGCUUGCGAGGUCCUCAGGACUUUCAUCGUCUCGCUACCAGACAUUCCCGAACACAGAAGAACGCCUCUGUUCGUGAAAUUAUUACAAUUGCUCGACAAUCAUUUUCAUCUGUACUUCUUGCUGAGUUUCGAGAGUCACGUUAUGUCGAGAACCAUGCGAAUCACGAAUCAGAAACAUUCUGAACAGCGGUUGGAAUUCGCUCUGCAAGUAUGUCAGGAGUUUCCGUCGACGAGACUUAUUCAAGUUUGCGUGAAACUGGCACAAUUCAUGAGAGAACUGCCUGUUGACUUAGAAGACGAAGAAGGAAGAAAGUCGUCGAUGUCUUUUAAGUACAAACAUGUAUUCGACGUCGCAAAUGCUACCCCGAAACAGUUGAGACAUUACAAGUACACCUUAGUUCAAUUUCUCAGCAAUCUAUUAUCGUCGCCCGAAUUCAUAAAUAGAGUCGCCGAACUCGAUUCCGAUCAAGUUACUAAAACCGUACCAUACUAUGAUCAAUUAAUCGUCGAAUUGACCGUUUUGAUACAAAGCACAUCCAAAAAUGCCGAUCGGUACCAAGGAAAGCCGAUUGUUAAAUAUUGGAAAGUACUUCUUCAUCACUUGUACGAUGUUUUGGAUUUGGUGAACAAUUUGCUACCAAAUCAAGUAUUCUUGGUCAGCGUCAAGCGCCUCAUAGAACACGAAUUAUUGACUGUGAAAAGGAAAGUGUUGGAGCUUCUAAACACGCGUCUUCAGCAACGAAAAUUCAGCGAAGAGGAUCACGAAGAUUUGUUGGGUUUGAUCGAAUCAUUGUUAAACGUGAUGCAAGCAAAAGCGAAACCCGAAUCGCAGGAACAAGAGAUCGUCCAACAAACCGUCCUAAUUACUUUGAAAUUACUUGCCAAAUUAUUGGCUACCGAACAUCCCACAGUGUUUAAACCAAUACUGGAAAUGGCAACCGAAUUUCUGAAGACAAAAGAGGGACCGGUGUUGAGUAGCGCUGCAAUUUGCGUCGCUGAAUUGUGUAGUUCUAUGCGGAUUCAUGCGAUACACUCGCUGAACAAAUUCGUACCAGCGAUUCUAGACUUGCUAAAAAAUCAUUGCGACCAAAGCGUACCGGACAUGAUCGUAGUUAGUACAGUCAGUGCAUUACAGAAGAUCGUCGAGUCCGUGGGCAACUUCUUAUCUUUGUAUCUGGACCAAUUACUGUUUGAACUGGCGAGAUUGAAUUCUUUAUACACGGACACGGAAAAUCCAAAGAUCGGUGUCGUGGUAUCACGAUUGAACGCUACAACUCAAAAACUUUCUACCUGCAUACCCUUGAGAGUAUUACUACCGGCGGUGAACAGAACGUACACGACGUUACUCGCGAAGAAGACGUAUAACUGUAUUCCGGCAUUGAUGUCUGUUCUCGCGGAGUCGUUCGGUAGUGUACAACCAGCUGAUCUGAACGCGGCCAUACCCGAGUUGGGAACGUUUUUCCUCAAGGUUUUUCAAUUUCGCGAGGACAUUUCUACCAGUGACGAUGGCAUGGAGUUGGACGAAUCAGAAUUGGCGACGAAGGACGUGGUGCUCGUAGAGGAGAGCGCCAGCAAAGCGUUGGUCUCGUUAGUGUUAAAGCUAAGCGAAGCCACGUUUAGACCGCUUUAUUACAAACUUUAUGAUUGGGCCGCUAGGAAUCCGCAGCACAAGCAGCGAAGCAUUACAUUCUAUAGACUUUCAGCCAAUAUAGCGGAGUGUCUGAAAUCUCUUUUCGUACUCUUCGCUGGCCAUUUCCUGAAACAUGCAGCGGUAUUGUUGAGUAGUAACAAUCCAGCGAUGACGGAAGAACCUCAGGAAAUGACUUUGCCGGACGAGACGAGCAAAAUCGAGUUAGUAGAAGCUAUUCUAUUGACUCUUUGCCGCGUGUUCAGUUACGAUGCGCACAAUUUCGUGAACCAGGAGCGGUUCGAAAUAUUGGCUCAGCCGAUCGUAGAUCAGUUGGAGAACACGAUGGGCUCUAAGGAGAGUUACGACAAAAGGGCGGAAGAACUAGUGGUUCCAUGCAUUGCAGCUUUUGCCAGCGCCAUUCCGGACGACACUCUGCACAAGCAACUGGUAUACCAGACGUUGUUGAAGACCAGACAUUCGAAACCGUACAUUAGGAGUGCCGCGCUGAACGCAUUGGUUCAAAUCGUAAGAAAACUCGGCGAAGAUUUCAUGCCGCUUCUGCCAGAAACUAUACCGUUCUUGGCAGAAUUGUUAGAAGACGAGGACGAAGCUACGGAGAAGUAUGCACAGAACGCGGUACGCACUCUCGAAGAAAUUCUUGGUGAACCGUUACAGAAAUAUUUUUAAUCAAACUCCAUUAAUUAUUGUUGGAUAAAUAAAACAAUAGUAAUUCUUA